AUGGCUGCCCCACCCAAUAUGGAGGAAGGUCAAUCAUCUACCAGACCACCACGCUUCAAUGGACAAUACUAUGGGUGGUGGAAGAAUCGCAUGCAUGAUUGUAUCAAUGCUGAAGACACUGAGUUGUGGGACGUGAUUCUUGAUGGACCGUACAUUACCACAAAGGAAGUGAAAGAUGGAGAGCUCACUACAAGAAUUCACCUCCAUAACCAACGAACUGAGUGCCUUGGUGAGCCUAUUCCCUUAAGCAAACAAGUUCGAAAGAUUCUCAAAGUGCUUCCCAAGUCAUCGAAAAGCAAAGUGAACGCUAUAACUGAAGCAAAAGAUUUGAAGACUCUUGCCAUUGAUGAACUGAUCGGAAAUCUCCAAACUUAUGAACUGAACAAGCAACAGGGGACAAACAUUAAGGAGGGAAAGAAGGAGAAAUCAGUUGCUUUGAAAACAUCUCAAAACGAUGUGACUGAGGAGGAGGAUGAAAUGGCAUAUGUCACUAGAAGGUUUCAGAAGAUUAUUAAGAAGCAUGGAGGCUUUCAAAAGAAAGCUUUGACUAGCAGAGCAGUCCUAGACCAUGCCAAGAGGAAAGCUCUUGCUGAUCAACUGGUGAAGAAAGCUUUGGUCGUAUGGGGAAAUGCAUCUAGAGAGUCCGAGGAAGAGACAGAUAGUCCAAAAGAUGUCUCGAUGAUGGCUGUGGAAGAUGAUGAAACUGUCUACAAUUCAAUUUUCUCACUAAUGGAAAAAUCUGACGAUGAAAAGGAUUUGAAUGAAGUAACCCUUUUCGAUCUCAAGGAUGAUCUAGAUACUCUUCCCAUUAAUAGAUUGAGAAAACUUGCUGCUCCAUUAAUUGACUCAGUUGAUGAACUAACUUCUGAAAAUUUGACAACUAGUGAAAUGUUGAGUUUGUGCGAGGAUGAAAACUCAGCUCUCAACUCUCAAAUAUCUGAAAUGAGUGUUAGGAUAGGUAUCAUUGAGACUGGUAGUCUGGAACCCAACGAGGAACCUGGAAUAUCUAAGGGUGGGAAGCAAAAACUCAGUAACUUUGAGGUUGAACUAGAAGAGAAACUUAAGACCUCUAAGUCUAAGUUAGCUGCCUCCCUGGAAAGGAACUCUCAACUAGUGAAGGAUUUGUGUAAGAUCAAAGAAGAGUUGAACCACUCCCUCAAAUGGACUGACUCAUCUAAGAUACUCUCUAACUUAGCAAAUCAGAAGUUCAACAACAGAAAGGGAUUAGGUUGUAGACAGAUAGAGCCUCCCUACAAUCCUUAUAGUAAGUAUGUGUCUGUCUCUGACAACCUCUUGUGUACCCACUAUGGAAAAAAUGGUCAUAUGAAAGAAAAAUGUGAGAUUUUGAGAGGAGUAAAAGAAAGGCAAGAGAAGUUUAUUAUAUCAAGAAGGGUUUUUGAGAAAAAGAAAAAGAGGAGAGGAAGCAAUCAGUGCUGGUACAUGGAUAGUGGAUGCUCAAGGCACAUGAAUGGAGACACUCUAAACUUCCUCUCUUUGGAAGCACACCAAGAUGGUGGUGUGUCAUUUGGUGGUGGAAAGAAGGGUUUUAUUCUUGGAAUUAGCAAGAUAGGAAGAAGAGCUGAUCAUUCCAUAGACAAUGUACACUAUGUGGAUGGUUUGAAAUACAAUCUCUUGAGUGUAUCUCAAAUCUGCAACAAGGGAAAUGAAGUCAAGUUCAUGUCUGAUAGGUGUCUGGUUACAAACUGUGCAACAAAAAGGGUUGUUAUGUCUGCCAAAAGAGUUAAAAAUACGUAUGUUGCAUAUCUUGACUCUAUUGAAGGGGACAGUCUUUCAUGCCUUAGCGCUCAAACUGAUGAUGCAAAUAUAUGGCAUCGGCGAUUGGGUCAUAUAAGUACUUCCUUGUUAAACAAGCUUGUUGCAGGGGACCUGGUCUGUGGAUUGCCAAAGAUGAAGUUCUCAAAUGAUAAAGUAUUGAUGCCUAUGCAAAAGGGAAACAAACAAGAUCAUCCUUUAAAGUCAAGAAAGGCACGAGCACAACCAGACCUUUGGAGCUUCUUCACAUGGACCUGUGUGGACCAGUCAGAAUUCAAAGUAGAGGAGGAUGAGACGACCGGACUUCUAAUCACAUUUGCCAAAGUUAUUCAAUUGAAGGCCACCUGCAAGAUUGCUAGUAUCAGAUCUGACCAUGGCACAGAGUUUGAGAACUCUCAAAUUGAAGUUGUGCUGAAAAUGGAAUCAAUCACAAUUUCUCUGCACCAAGAACUCCUCAGCAAAACAGAGGCUUUUUGGGCAGAAGCAGUCAACACAGCAUGUUAUGUUACAAAUAGGUGUCUUAUCAAGUCUGUGAUCAAGAAAACACCUUACAAAUUGCUGAAUGAUAGAAAACCUUCAAUUGCUCAUCUUAAGCCAUUUGGGUGCAAAUGCUUUGUACUGAAUAAUGGAAAGGAUGACCUUGGCAAGUUUGACGCCAAGAGUGAAGAAGGGGUGUUUGUCGGGUACUCUUCUACCAGCAAGGCCUACAUGAAAAAUGAUGUGCACAAAGAAGACCAUAAGUUUGAGGAGCUGAUCAAGGGAAAACAGGAUAAGGCGAUCCAAAAUCAUGGAAACAAACAGGUUGCAAAAGAAAAUGGUGCAAAACACACAGGAGAACCCGGUCCCUCUAGUUCAGCCCAGGAGGAAUUAUCUCAAAAUCCAGAAGAUGAUGAAGGUGAAUUUGAUGCUGAUGUGGAAGAAGAGAUUACCAGAAAGUCCAGAUGGAAACAACAAUCCUCACAUCCACUAGACAAUCUCAUCUCUCCACUUGACUCCGAAAUACAAACUAGAUCCAGAACAAGAAAUCUAGUUGCAUAUUCAGCCUUCAUAUCAUCCAUUGAGCCUAAGAACAUCAAAGAGGCUUUAUAG